UUGCCAGCUAGCCAGAGCCGCGGGCGAGCGCGGGCGAGCGCGGCUAGCGGGACUCCGGGUGAGGAACGCGGCUCAGGAGGCGCGUCUCCCAGCUCUGCCGUGGCCACUCUUUGCGCUAGAGCACCCGGGUUCCUUCCCUCCCCUCCCCUGCUCUCCGGCCUGGGGUCUCGAGGCGGGGAGCGGAGGGAAGGGACGAAAGAGGAGGAGGCGAAAGCGGGGUGAGGGGCGGAGGGGUCCCGGCGCGAGGCGAGGCGCGCGCUGCCUCUCCCUCUCCCUUCGUAGCCGCCGCCGUCUCCCGGGCUGCCGCGGCCCCGGGGCGCCCGCACUAUGCAGGCGGACUGCCGGCCGCCGCGAUGGCGAGCGGGGCGGUGGUGAGAGACAGGCGCAGCCCGCAGGGUCCCCAAGUCCGGGCCGCGGCUGCCGCCCCCGCGCGGGCCGCGCUCCCCCUCUCCCGCUGCUGCUCCCCGCCUCCCUGCUCCAACUCCUCCUCCAUGCCUCUGUUCCUCCUGCUCUUACUUGUCCUGCUGCUGCUGCUCGAGGACGCGGGAGCCCAGCAAGGUGACGGAUGUGGACACACUGUACUAGGCCCUGAAAGUGGAACCCUUGCGUCCAUAAACUACCCGCAGACAUAUCCCAACAGCACUGUUUGUGAAUGGGAGAUUCGUGUAAAGGUGGGAGAGAGAAUUCGCGUCAAAUUUGGUGACUUUGACAUUGAAGAUUCUGAUUCUUGUCAUUUUAAUUACUUGAGAAUUUAUAAUGGAAUUGGAGUCAGCAGAACUGAAAUAGGCAAAUACUGUGGUCUGGGGUUGCGAAUGAACCAUUCAAUUGAAUCAAAAAGCAAUGAAAUUACUGUGCUGUUUAUGAGUGGAAUCCAUAUCUCUGGACGAGGAUUUUUGGCCUCAUACUCAGUUCUAGAUAAACAAGAUCUGAUUACUUGUUUGGACACUGCAUCCAAUUUUGUGGAACCUGAGUUCAGUAAGUACUGCCCAGCUGGUUGUCUGCUCCCUUUUGGUGAGAUAUCUGGAACAAUUCCUCAUGGAUAUAGAGAUUCUUCGCCAUUGUGCAUGGCUGGUGUGCAUGCAGGAGUAGUGUCAAACAUUUUGGGUGGCCAAAUCAGUGUUGUUAUUAGUAAAGGUAUCCCAUACUAUGAAAGUUCUUUGGCUAACAACAUCACAUCUGUGGUGGGCCACUUAUCUACAAGUCUUUUUACAUUUAAGACAAGUGGUUGUUACGGAACCCUGGGAAUGGAAUCUGGCGUGAUUGCCGAUCCUCAGAUAACAGCAUCAUCUGUGCUAGAGUGGACUGACCACACAGGGCAAGAGAACAGUUGGAAACCUGAGAAAGCUAGACUGAAAAAACCUGGGCCUCCUUGGGCUGCUCUCGCCACGGAUGAGUAUCAGUGGUUACAAGUAGAUCUGAAUAAGGAAAAGAAGAUAACAGGCAUUGUAACCACUGGAUCCACCAUUGUGGAACACAAUUACUAUGUGUCUGCCUACAAAAUUCUGUACAGUGAUGAUGGACAGAAAUGGACCGUGUACAGAGAGCCUGGUGUGGAACAGGAGAAGAUAUUUCAAGGAAACAAAGAUUAUCAUCAAGAUGUGCGUAAUAACUUUUUGCCACCAAUUAUCGCACGUUUUAUUAGAGUGAACCCUACUCAAUGGCAACAGAAAAUUGCCAUGAAAGUGGAGCUGCUGGGAUGUCAGUUUAUUCCUAAAGGUCGUCCUCCAAAACUUACACAACCUCCACCUCCUCGGUAUAGCAAUGACCUCAAAAACACAACAGACCCUCCAAAAAUAGCCAAAGGUCGUGGCCCAAAAUUUACUCAACCGCUUCAGCCUCGCAGUAGAAAUGAAUUUCCUGCACAGACAGAACAAACAACUGCUACUCCAGAAAUCAAAAAUACUACCGUAACUCCAAAUGUAACCAAAGAUGUAGCGCUGGCCGCAGUCCUCGUCCCUGUGCUAGUCAUGGUCCUCACAACUCUCAUUCUCAUAUCAGUGUGCGCUUGGCAUUGGAGAAGCAGAAAGAAAAAAACCGAAGGCACCUAUGACUUACCGUACUGGGACCGGGCAGGUUGGUGGAAAGGAAUGAAGCAGUUUUUCCCAGCCAAAUCAGUGGAACAUGAGGAAACCCCAGUUCGCUACAGCAGUAGUGAAGUUAAUCACUUGAGUCCAAGAGAAGUCACUACAGUGUUGCAAACUGACUCUGCAGAGUAUGCACAACCCCUUGUGGGAGGAAUUGUUGGUACACUUCAUCAGAGAUCUACCUUUAAACCAGAAGAAGGAAAAGAAGCAGGCUACGCAGACCUAGAUCCUUAUAACUCACCGGUGCAGGAAGUUUAUCAUGCCUACGCUGAACCACUCCCCAUUUCUGGGCCUGAGUAUGCAACCCCAAUUAUCAUGGACAUGUCAGGGCACCCCACAGCUUCAGUUGGUCUGCCCUCCACAUCCACUUUCAAAGCUACAGGGAACCAACCUCCCCCUUUGAUGGGAACUUACAACACACUCCUCUCCAGGACUGACAGCUGCUCCUCAGCCCGGGCCCAGUAUGAUACCCCAAAAGGUACAUUAAUGAACUCAAGAGAUGGCUCUCUAAGCCUGACUGGCAAUAACGCAUGGUACUGUUCUUGAAAUAUCUGAUGGCUUGAAAUUUUACUGUCUUUGUGAAAGAUGAAGAGCUGAGCCUGAUUCAAAUGGUUUUUCUGGUUUGUACGUUUUUUUUGUUUGUUUUUUAGUUUGUUUUCAUAUUAGAGGUCUUCUAAUUUGUUUUUGUUUUUUACUAUAAUUCUAUGUCUGAUAUAUAUACAACUUUGGAGACAAUCAAGUAACAACCGAAAAUGUGAAAGUAACCAUUUUUCACAGAAUUCCCUUGAAUGUUUAUUCUUUGCUUGAAGCAUUUAAAACAUAAAGUCACUGGUUUAUUGGAUUAAUUUUUUUUCUGUUAUUGCAGUUAUAGAAAUAGAACCAGACGAGGCAAGUGUGGACAUUAUACGGUUCAUAAAAUUACACUGACUUGGCUGUUACUUGAUCUUAGGAACCAGUGUAGUUAAAGAUAAGAUAUUGUGAAUUCUGAUUUAUAUUUUAUUAGACGCUGUAAAUCUAGAUGGAUCCUGUUGUAUGUGCCGGGGCUAGUCCGGUUAUUUAAGUUCACAUUUCAUUAUUUGCACUUUGCAUUGAACAAUGGGUUUAUUUGCUGAUGGUUUGAGUAGAGAAUUUGUACAGAAAUUAAAAUGAUGAUGUUAUGUAUUCACUUGCCUCUCCCCUCUUCCCCCACCACCUUGGGAGUGGGAAGCAGACGCUCAUCUAAAUAAGAAUAUGGCCACAAAACUGUGGAAGGUAAUAAAGCUUGAACUUCUUUGACUUGGCUUUACAUUGUUACUUGGAGAACAAAAGGGCUAUAGAAACAUCAUGUCAGAUGGGACAGUUAGAAGAAGCCCGAAAAUGUGGGAUGUUGAAAGCUUUUCAUACCAUCUUAAGAGAGCUCAGUGAAGCUCUCUGUACAAAUGUAAUUAUUACUUAAUUAGCUCUGGCUUUUGGUUCUGAACUUGAAGUCCCUAAACUGCAAAAUCUAAUAUGAGAAUUAGAUAGUUAUUAAAGUACUUCUUAUGUCAACUGUGGCACCAAUUCUCAUUUAUUCCAACUUGUGACUAAUUCCUUUUCCUUUUUAUUUGUUUGGCACUGGGAAAAGUGGAAACAAAACAUGUAUUGAAAUACAUAUUGGAAAUAAAAAUGGCUUCAACGUCACUGAUAAUUCUUCCAGAAUGUACUUUUCUUACCUCGUCAUGUACUGUAGUCACUCAGUAUUUGUAUAUGUUGCUAGAGUUUAGAUUGUAUAAAUAGUGAGAUUUUAAUGUGUUAAUGUGUUUUUAAUAAAUUGUAUAUAUGUCUUGCUCAGAUUAUUUGGCUUAAAUAAAACAAACCUGAGGUUUGUAGCUUUUUCUCAUACUA